AUGGAGGAGGAGCUGAAGUGCCCAGUGUGCGGCUCCCUGUUUCGGGAGCCCAUCAUCUUGCCCUGUUCCCACAACGUCUGCCUGCCUUGCGCUCGCACCAUCGCAGUGCAGACACCGGACGGUGAGCAGCACCUGCCCCAGCCGCUUCUGCCCUCGCGGGGCUCGGGGCUGCCGGCGGGCGCAGCUGCCGCCGCCGCGCCCCCUCUGGACCACGACGCCGCAGCUGGCCCGGCCUGCAGCGGCGGGGGCGGGGGCGGGAGCACAACCAGCGGCCUGGGCGGCGGCGCGGGAGGUGGCGGGGACCACGCGGACAAGCUGAGCUUGUACAGUGAGACGGACAGCGGUUAUGGCUCCUACACGCCCAGCCUCAAGUCCCCCAACGGGGUUCGCGUGCUGCCCAUGGUGCCUGCGCCGCCCGGCUCCUCGGCCGCCGCGGCCCGGGGUGCCGCCUGCUCCUCGCUGUCCUCGUCCUCCAGCUCCAUCACAUGCCCGCAGUGCCACCGCAGCGCCUCCCUGGACCACCGCGGCCUGCGCGGCUUCCAGCGCAACCGGCUCCUGGAGGCCAUCGUGCAGCGGUACCAACAGGGCCGCGGGGCGGCGCAGGGGGCGCCCGCAGCCCCGGCCGUGGCCAUCUGCCAGCUGUGCGACCGCACCCCGCCGGAGCCGGCCGCUACGCUCUGCGAGCAGUGCGACGUGCUCUACUGCGCGGCCUGCCAGCUCAAGUGCCAUCCAUCUCGGGGACCCUUCGCUAAGCAUCGCCUGGUGCAGCCGCCGCCGCCGCCGGCACCCGCCGAGGCCGCCUCUGCGUCCCCAGGCGCGGCCCAGGGCGCCCCCAGCGGAGGCGGCGGCUGCAAGAGUCCUGGGGGCGCCGGCGCCGGAGCGACUGGCGGCAGCGCGGCCCGCAAGUUCCCUACGUGCCCCGAGCACGAAAUGGAGAAUUACAGCAUGUACUGUGUGAGCUGCCGAAGCCCGGUGUGCUACCUGUGCCUGGAGGAGGGCCGGCACGGCAAGCACGAGGUCAAGCCGCUGGGCGCCAUGUGGAAGCAGCACAAGGCCCAGCUGUCUCAGGCCUUGAAUGGCGUUUCCGACAAGGCAAAAGAAGCGAAGGAGUUUCUGGUUCAGCUGAAGAACAUCCUGCAGCAGAUCCAGGAGAACGGACUGGACUAUGAAGCCUGCCUGGUCGCUCAGUGUGACGCGCUGGUCGACGCUCUGACGCGGCAGAAAGCCAAGCUGCUCACCAAGGUCACUAAGGAGAGGGAGCACAAGCUGAAGAUGGUUUGGGACCAGAUCAAUCACUGCACGCUGAAGCUGCGCCAGUCCACCGGGCUGAUGGAGUACUGCCUGGAGGUGAUCAAGGAGAACGACCCUGCCGGGUUCCUGCAGAUCUCGGACGCCCUGAUCAAGCGUGUCCAGGUGUCUCAGGAGCAGUGGGUCAAGGGGGCCCUGGAGCCGAAGGUGUCCGCAGAGUUUGACCUGACCUUGGACAGCGAGCCGCUGCUGCAGGCCAUCCACCAGCUGGACUUCAUUCAGAUGAAAUGUAGGGUGCCGCCCGUCCCCCUGCUGCAGCUGGAGAAGUGCUGCACCCGCAACAACAGCGUCACGCUGGCCUGGAGGAUGCCGCCCUUCACCCACAGCCCCGUGGACGGCUACAUCCUGGAGCUGGACGACGGGGACGGGGGCCAGUUCCGGGAGGUGUAUGUCGGCAAGGAGACGCUGUGCACCAUCGAUGGGCUCCACUUCAACAGCACCUACAAUGCCAGGGUCAAGGCCUUCAACUCCUCCGGCGUCGGGCCUUACAGUAAAACUGUCGUCCUGCAGACGUCUGACGUGGCCUGGUUCACCUUUGACCCCAACUCUGGGCACCGGGACAUCAUUUUAUCCAAUGACAACCAGACAGCCACCUGCAGCAGCUAUGACGACCGGGUGGUGCUGGGCACAGCGGCGUUCUCCAAGGGUGUGCAUUACUGGGAACUGCACGUGGACCGGUAUGACAACCACCCAGACCCCGCCUUCGGGGUGGCCAGGGCCAGCGUGGUCAAGGACAUGAUGCUGGGCAAGGACGACAAGGCUUGGGCCAUGUACGUGGACAACAACCGCAGCUGGUUCAUGCACUGCAACUCCCACACCAACAGGACGGAAGGUGGCGUGUGCAAGGGGGCCACUGUGGGCGUGCUGCUGGACCUGAACAAGCACACGCUGACCUUCUUCAUCAACGGGCAGCAGCAGGGCCCCACGGCCUUCAGCCACGUGGACGGGGUCUUCAUGCCGGCCCUCAGCCUCAACCGCAACGUGCAGGUCACCCUGCACACGGGACUGGAAGUGCCAACAAACCUGGGGCGGCCCAAGCUGUCGGGCAACUAG